AUGCGUCGGUUCUCGUCCCACAGCUCUCAACGCGCGCGUUCGCCCCAGGAACCCCAAGGCAACGAAGACGAUGGUUUGCAAAUGAACGGCCUAGACGAGGUCACAGCUCCCUCUCCGGCAUACGAUUCAUCGGAAAAGACUCUCCGGCGGCACGGUUGCCUCGAAAACCAACUCCCGACCACCUCCCCGGGCCCUUCGGAGCCAGCCAGGCCGCACGAAGCCAUUGCAGACGCGCAGCAGACUGAUCAUGCUCAACCGGGGGCCCUGGAAGGCAGUUCUAGUCAUAGCCAGCAGACGAAGCGAUCUCUCAGACAUCUCCGGAAAUACCUUACCACGCUGUAUACCCUGUCCUAUUUGAUUGUCUUCUCCUUCAUCGGUACACUGUUGCGAUCAGCCAUUGCAAGCUUAACCCUCUACCCAGGCGCUCCAGUGAAUACGAGCGUGUUGUGGGCAAACGUCGGCGGUAGUUUUAUCAUGGGAUUCCUUUCUGAAGACCAUAGACUCUUCCGUUCGAAAGAAGUCGAAUCCCGCGUUCUCACAGACUACGGAGCGGACGACAAAGACCGUCUGAAAGCGAGUCUGAAGGCGCACAAGAAGACUGUCCCGCUGUAUAUCGGACUGACCACUGGAUUCUGCGGUUGUCUAACGUCCUUUUCAAUCUUCGUCCGCGACGUGUUCCUGGCUCUGGCCAAUUUACUACCUGUGCCGCUUGGUCCGUACUCGGAUGUGUCGAUGUAUACCAUCCCAGGAGCGGCUGCAAGGGCCCCGAAUGGAGGAUACAGCUUCAUGGCCAUCGUGGCCGUCCUGGCCACGGAGAUAGCUCUCUCGCUAUCCUCUAUUUUCCUGGGCGCUCAUGUAGCCAUCCUGUUGGCUCGCUGGACGCCCGCAAUCCCACACGUGUUCCUGCGAAGAGCCCUCGACCCUCUCAUGCCAAUCCUCGCUUGCUUCUCCUGGGUAGCAGUGAUAUGUCUCGUCAUCCUCCUCCCGCACGUCCACAAGGAAAAUUCCCUCUGGAGCCACGAGAUGUGGCGCGGUCCGGUCCUGUUCUCCCUCGUCUUCGCGCCCGUCGGGUGUUUGCUGCGGUUCUUCCUCUCGUUGAAGCUCAAUUCCCGUAUCGCUUCGUUCCCGCUGGGUAUCUUCGCCGCGAAUAUCGCUGGUACCCUUAUACUGGGAAUGGCGUAUGAUCUGCAGCAUGCUUCUUCUAUCGGUCCCUCUCUGCUCGGUGGUGGGAGUCUCAUCGGAUGCCGGGUCUUGCAGGGGAUUAUGGAUGGGUUCUGUGGCUGUCUCACGACGAUGAGCACUUGGGUUCUGGAGUUGUCGGAUCUGAGGAGACGGCAUGCCUAUGUUUACGGCAUUGUGAGCGUGGCUGUUGCGUCUGGGCUUUUGAUUAUGGAAAUUGGGAGUCUCAAGUGGACGGUUGGGUUGACGACGCCGGAUUGCUUUGCUCGAUGAGCUUAUCUGCUUGCAUCCGGCUUCUCCAUGGUAUUCUUUGCAUUCUAGGUUGGCAUAUAUACUUUCCCUAUUCGAAACGCGAGGCUUGCGAUUAUAGAUGCGAUGGAUUGUUAGAGCCUACGUUGUAGGAUAUUGGUAUAAGUAAGGGCAUCCUAGGGUCUGAC